CUUGAGCAAGGCAGAGAAGGCUGUGUGUGGGGCAUCCGGCGGUGCUUUGCUGGAGGUAGGUUACAGUAAGUUGACAGUUGACAGUGGUUCUACUAGCUAUCAGAAGUGGUAGGAAACAGACUAAAAACAACAGCACCUCUCCGAGCGAGCUCCAUAUGCAGUAGAUAGAGAAGGCAACAGGUCAGGGAUAACAGUGUAGGACAAUUCUUAGGUUGACUGGAGGUUAGACUGGGACCAAUAGUGCAGGUACUGCAGCCAUGCAACACCAGUCGUACCAGCCACUGCUUCUCACUGGAAACAAAUACCUGCAACAGAAGUGGGACAAGGCCUCCUAUGAAAUACAUCUGAGAAAGGUAAGAGAAAGCUGCUUUGAUGCUAAAAUCAAAGGCUAACAACAAUGUUGGCGCUAUCCUUAACGUAGUGACAAUAUUCAUUUAACAUUGUUCUUUUUUUUGUCAAGGUCAAAUCAGCGAAACCCACCAUCGACACAACUGCACCUAAAACCUAUGGUCAUCUUGCCCUCAAAAUGAAGAAACAGAAGGUGAUAAAGGAUCUCUAAGUCGUGUCAUUUCACCAUGUAUCCAGCAAAGAGUCCUUUUUCUGAACUAUUGAGCUGGAAAUGUUCAUUUUGAGAAAGCUCACCAAUAAGUCUGUCCCAGGCUUCCUUGAACAUUCCAUGUUGCAUAUUGCAACCUUAGCAGUUGUUACCUUGUAUUUUGUUGUUGCUGUUUUGGUUGGCUUUACUUGUUUUUCUCUAUUUCUUAAUGUUUCGCCAUCAAGCUUGAGGAGCAAAGCAUGUCCAAAAUUCAGAGGGAAAACAACAUGCUGCUUGAGAAAAUAUCUCGCAUCAUGAAGACUACUGGUCACAUCGACAACAGGAACGACUAUGAAAACAAAAGGUAUAGUGUUUACCUCCAGUCUCUUCAGGGGUGUGGCUUUAAAUCCCACUGCUGACACAAAUAUUAAUUUGUAACAGCUAAACACUGGUGGAAAAAGUAACCAAUUGUCAUACUUGAGUAAAAGUAAAGAUACCUUAAUAGAAGUAAAAGUGAAAGACACCCAGUAAAAUACUACUUGAGUAAAAAUCUAAAAGUAUUUGGUUUUAAAUAUACUUAGGUAUCGACAGUAAAUAUAAUUGCUAAAAUAUACUUAAGUAUCAAAAGUAGAAGUAUAAAUAAUUUCAAAUUCCUUAUGUUAAAGGAAAACUCCACUCAAAAAUGAUAUAUUGGUAUUUGUUUCAUUAGUUCAUUGUUGACAUAGUCCCAAAAUGUUUUGCUUGUCAAAAUGCAUCAUACGGGGAUGAUUUCUAUAUUUUGAAAGUUACAAAUCUUGAAAACUUGAUUGCUGACAAGCAAACAUUUUGGAAAUAUGUCAACAAUGGACUAAUGAAACAAAUACCAAAAUAUAGUUUUUGGGUGGAAUUGUCCUUUAAGCAAACCCGAUGGCACCAUUUUCUUGUUUUUUAAAUUUACGGAUAGCUAGGGGUACCUUCCAACACCCAGACAUAAUUUACAAACGAAGGAUGUGUGUUUAGUGAGUCCACCAGAUCAGAGGCAGUAGGGAUGACCAGGAAUGUUCUCUUGAUAAGUGCGUGAAUUGGUGAUAAGUGCUUUCUUCUGUCCUGCUAAUAAGCAUUCAAAAUGUAACGAGUACUUUUGGGUGUAUGGAGUAAAAAGUACAUUUUUUGGGGGGGGGAAUGUAGUGAAGUAAAAGUUGUCAUAUAUAAAUAGUAAAGUACAGAUACCCCAAAAAACUACUUAAGUACUGUACACCACUGCAGCUAAAGCAGGUGUGGACCCACUCAACUUGCACAAGGCAAACACAUUACAUGUGCCAUAAUUGUCUAGACCUUUUGGCAGAGGCAGUAGUAUGCUUACAUUCAGGGAGGCUUCACCAGGUCCUAAAAUGUCCAUGUUCAUAGACUUAGCAUCCUACUGUACACCACAACUCAAUGGCCAACACACAAUAGAAAACCUGUUUUUCCCUUGUAAUGGUAGUCUCUGCAGAGAGAUGCAACAGCAAGAGUGGCUCCGUAUCACCAAAGAGAACCAGUUAAUCCUUCUUCGUCUGACCCAGUGCCAGCCUCACUACAGCAUUAAGGACUGGCAUGAGGACUGGCUCAAGACAAUCAAGAUCAUGGAGAGCAUUGCACGAUAUCCACGAAGAGUUAGUGACAAAAAGGUGAGUUCUGUGCAUCACGUACAGGUGAUUGGGAGAUCUAACUAAAAACAUAAAAUAUUAUUGAAAUGUAUAUUAAUGGCCCAAUGCAGUCAAAAAUGUAUUUCCACACUAUGAGAUUGGAAUAAUACUGUGAAAUUGUGAAAAUUAUGAUAAUGCCCUUUCAGUGUAACAGCUGUUUGAAAAGACCAACUGAGUGUGAGGAGGGGGAGGAAGAACCUGAUCAACAGGAAGAGGAGGCGGGCAUGUAGGAAACACCUGAGUCACCUGACACACCAAACAAAGGUCCUACAUCUGAAAGUCAAAACCUGACCCCCCUCACACACCUGACACACUAAGCACAUCUAGCAGACCUGACUCACCAGGCAAAGACUGAGAAUAGGUUUAAGCACAAGGACAUUAUAGAGGGUUGA